AUGUCUCCAAAAACCAUCCUUCUUUUCUCCACCACAAUCUUACAACUAUGCAGCUUGAUCAUACCAACUUCAUCCCUUGAGUUCAUCUUCAACACCAACUUCACCUCCACAAACCUUCUCACUUAUGGCACUGCUACAACAGAAUCUUCAAUCCUUUCUCUUGCUAAUGACACCACUUUCACCAUUGGGCGUGCCUUGUACCCUUCAAGAAUCCCUACAAAAGAACAAAACUCAUCCACACCGCUUCCUUUCUCUACCUCCUUCAUUUUCUCCAUUGUUCCGUACAAGAACAGGCUACCUGGUCAUGGAUUUGCCUUUGUGUUCUUCCCUUCUACUGGCAUACAUGGUGCUAGCUCAGCUCAGCAUCUUGGGCUUUUUAACCUGACAAAUGAUGGUAGUUCUAGCAACCAUGUUUUAGCUGUUGAGUUUGAUACCUUUAUGAACCAAGAAUUCAAUGAUGUCAAUGAUAACCAUGUCGGUGUUGAUGUGAACUCAUUAACAUCUGUGGCACAAUAUGAAGCAGGUUUUUGGGAAGAUGAUGAGAAGUUUCAAGGUUUGAAGCUUAAUGAUGGGGUUAACUAUCAAGUCUGGAUUGAUUAUAAAGAUUCAAGGAUUAAUGUUACUAUGGCCAAGGCAGGAGCAAGCAGGCCAAGAAAGCCUUUGAUAAGUGAGUUAUUGAAUAUUUCUGGGGUUUUCUUGGAUGAAAUGUAUGUGGGAUUUUGUGGAGCAACUGGGCAAUUGGUUCAAAGUCAUAAGAUCUUGUCUUGGAGCUAUAGUAAUUCAAACUUUUCUAUUGGUGAUGCUUUAGUUACUAGGCAUUUGCCUUCUUUUGCGACUUUAAAAAAAUCUGUCUCCAAAUCAACAGGAUUCAUUGUUGGGGUUAGUAUUUGUUGUGUUUUGGUUAUGGGAUGUGGGGUUUCCAUAUAUGUGGUCUUAAACACGAGGAAGAGGAGAAACGAGAAGAAAGAAAAAGUGGAAGACUGGGAAUUGCAGUAUUGGCCUCAUCGUAUUGAGUAUCAAAAGAUUUAUGCAGCAACAAAAGGAUUUAGGAAAGAAAAUGUGAUUGGAUUUGGAGGAAAUGGGAAUGUUUAUAAAGGAAUUCUUGAAGGAACAGAAGUUGCUGUUAAGAGAAUGUCUCCCCAGAGUGAACAAGGAAUGAGAGAAUUCUUGGCUGAGGUUUCAAGCCUGGGAAGAUUGAAGCAUAGGAACUUAGUUGCAAUAAGAGGUUGGUGCAAAGCAGAGAAAGGGGGCUUGAUUUUAGUAUACGAGUAUAUGCAGAAUGGCAGCUUGGACAAGAGGAUUUUCGAGUGUGACGAGAAUUCAAUGUUGAGUUGGGAAGAAAGGAUUAAGGUUUUGAAAGAUGUAGCUAGUGGGAUCUUGUAUUUGCAUGAUGGUUGGGAAACUAAGGUCUUACAUAGAGAUAUUAAGGCUAGCAACGUAUUACUUGACAAGAACAUGAACGCAAGGUUAGGGGAUUUUGGUUUAGCCCGAAUGCACCAUCAUGGUCAAUUGGCCAGCACAACUCGAGUGGUUGGGACCGCAGGCUACAUGGCACCGGAAUUGGUUCAUUCCGGACGAGCCUCGACUCAAACCGAUGUGUUCAGCUUCGGUGUCUUGGUCCUAGAAGUAGCCUGUGGUAGAAGACCUAUUGAAGAAGGUAAGCCAGGGCUGGUUGAUUUUUUUUGGAGGUUAAAUUAG